GCCGCGCAGGCGCAGUGGGCCGGGCUCGCCAUGCCGACUGUCAGCCUGAAGCGCGAUUUGCUCUUCCGAGCUCUGGGCCGGACCUACACUGACGAAGAAUUUGAUGAACUAUGUUUUGAAUUUGGUCUGGAACUUGAUGAAAUUACAUCUGAGAAGGAAAUUAUAAGUAAGGAGCAAGGUAAUGAAAAGGCACAGGGGGCCUCUGAUGUUGUUCUCUACAAAAUUGAUGUCCCUGCCAAUAGAUAUGAUCUCCUAUGUCUGGAAGGAUUGGUUCGAGGACUUCAGGUCUUCAAAGAAAGGAUAAAGGCUCCAAUGUAUAAACGGGUAAUACCUAAUGGAGAAAUCCAGAAAUUGAUCAUCACAGAAGAGACAGCUAAAAUACGCCCGUAUGCUGUUGCAGCAGUUCUCCGAAACAUAAAGUUUACUAAAGAUCGAUAUGAAAGCUUCAUUGAACUUCAGGAGAAGUUACAUCAGAACAUUUGCAGGAAAAGAGCCUUGGUUGCUAUUGGUACCCAUGACUUGGACACUUUGUCAGGCCCAUUUACUUAUACUGCGAAGAAACCUUCCGAUAUCAAAUUCAAGCCUCUAAAUAAGACCAAGGAGUAUACAGCCUGUGAACUGAUGAACAUAUACAAGACUGACAACCACCUUAAACAUUAUUUACAUAUAAUUGAAAAUAAACCUCUGUAUCCGGUUAUCUAUGAUAGCAAUGGUGUCGUCCUUUCAAUGCCUCCAGUCAUCAAUGGACAUCAUUCCAAAAUAACAGUAAAUACUAGAAAUAUAUUUAUUGAAUGCACAGGGACUGACUUUACUAAGGCAAAAAUAGUUCUUGAUAUCAUUGUUACCACGUUCAGUGAAUAUUGUGAGAAUCAAUUUACGGUUGAAGCAGCUGAGGUAGUUUUUCCUAAUGGAAAAUUACAUACCUUUCCAGAACUGGCUUAUCGAAAGGAGAUGGUGAGAGCUGAUCUAAUUAACAAAAAAGUUGGGAUCAGAGAAACUCCAGAAAAUCUUGCCAAGCUUCUGACCAGGAUGUGUUUAAAGUCAGAAGUCAUAGGCGAUGGGAAUCAGAUUGAAAUUGAAAUCCCUCCAACCAGAGCUGACAUUAUCCACGCCUGUGAUAUCAUAGAAGAUGCAGCUAUUGCUUACGGAUAUAACAACAUUCAGAUGACUCUCCCGAAAACAUACACCAUAGCUAAUCAAUUUCCCCUAAAUAAACUCACAGAACUCCUGAGACACGACAUGGCAGCUGCUGGAUUCACUGAGGCACUUACCUUUGCUCUGUGCUCCCAAGAAGAUAUUGCUGAUAAACUGGGUUUGGAUAUCUCUGCAACAAAGGCAGUCCUCAUAAGUAAUCCUAAAACAGCUGAAUUUCAGGUGGCACGCACUACCCUUCUUCCUGGCCUCCUAAAGACCAUAGCUGCGAAUCGGAAGAUGCCCCUUCCUCUGAAACUGUUUGAAAUCUCUGACAUUGUAAUAAAAGAUUCUAGCAGAGAUGUAGGUGCAAGAAACUACAGGCAUCUCUGUGCUGUUUAUUACAACAAGAAUCCUGGGUUUGAGAUAAUCCAUGGGCUUCUGGACAGAAUCAUGCAGCUACUUGAUGUGCCUCCUGGCGAAAAGAAGGGAGGAUAUGUGAUCAAAGCAUCAGAAGGCCCUGCCUUCUUCCCCGGGCGAUGUGCUGAGAUCUUUGCCCGGGGUCAGAGCAUCGGGAAGCUGGGGGUCCUUCACCCUGACGUUAUCACCAAAUUCGAGCUGACCAUGCCCUGCUCCUGCGUGGAAAUCAACAUUGAGCCGUUUUUGUGAAGAUGGGUCUCUGUUGUGUGGUUCUCGCCCCGAGGGUCCCUCUCUCCUCCUAGGUGCCCUUUAGUUGUCCCCACAGUAAGUCAGUCCACUUGUGCUUGUGCAUUAAUGUUGAAUAAAGUAGAAAGCAGUGUCUGGCUCCGUGGGUGGUACUGCCAUCCCCGCAUCAGGCCAGCUUGUACAUGAGAGCCCAGUGGGGGGCCAGGAGCUGUUCUGAGAAACAGAGAAGCUCUCCACACAUCAGAGCCUCUCACCAUCACGUCUGCAGGACAGAAUCCUGUUCUUUUCCCUGAUGAAAUGAGAUAGCUGAUUAGAGCACACGUACGAGAUUUAACUAAGAAUUUUUAGUUCUUAUUUUCUAUGUUUGUUUGAUGCAUGUUCAUCACUGGGAAACAAUAACAGCAUUUUUAGAAAACUUUUAAGAAUUAGUGAUGGUGUAAUAGUUACAGCCUUUGAGGUCAUCUUAAAGUGAAAGAAAAAUGCACAUAUAUUCAAAAUAUUUGAGGGUGCAUUGGUAUUGGCUACUUGCUAGAAGAGUUAAAAGGGACACACUGGUACCAGUGCACUAUGAACAUUAGGAAACAAUGAAGAACUUAUUUUUGUCCUAGGCCAUACAUUUUAUUGUUGUCAGUGUUAUAAAAUCAUGCCUUUAAAUAAUUAAUAGAGCUACUAGUUUCUGUCUUAUUUUAUACGGAGGUAUUAGGUCUCUCCUUCUCUGAAGCUAAGCUUCUGCCAGUCUGCCUUGUCUUAACCUCCUAAUUUACUUUAAUACUUUGAUCUAGAAUCCUCCAGUAGGUACCAUGUAUUGAAAAAAGCUGGGUGUAAUGUUUGAGAAAAGUUCUCAGUUACUGUUGAGACGAUAUGAAACACAAUAAACUGUAAAACAA